AUCUCUCUGUUUUAGCAUAUGAUAUAUAUUGCUUUCUCCUUCUCUUCUCUAUUCUCUCUCUCUCCGUUUCACCCAUUAUAGAAUCCAGUGAAUCAACCAAACAGAUUGAUUAAUAUUAAUUCCACGAAUCUUCCUACAAGAUCUGUCUUUUUUUCCAUCAUUGUCGAAGUUUAAAAAAAAAAAAAAAAAAUUAUGGCGGAGGAACAUCGAUGCGAGACGCCGGAAGGUCACCGUCUCUGUGUUAACAACUGUGGUUUCUUCGGAAGCUCAACGACGAUGAAUCUCUGCUCCAACUGUUACGGCGAUCUCUGCCUCAAACAACAACAACAAGCUUCCUUGAAAUCAACCGUCGAGUCAUCUCUCUCCGCUUCUCCUCCUCCUCCUCCUCCGGCAGUGAUCGCUCCACUCCUCGAUAAUUACGCCGCCGAAUUAGAGAUCCCGACGAAGGCGGAGGAGAAGAAGCCGAUUCAAGCUUCUCCGACGGAGGAUCAACCGCAGCAACGGCCGAACCGAUGCACCGUGUGUAGGAAACGGGUCGGGUUAACCGGGUUUAUGUGCCGGUGCGGUACGACUUUUUGUGGGAGUCAUAGGUACCCGGAGGUUCACGGUUGCACGUUCGAUUUUAAAUCGGCGGGGCGUGAGGAGAUCGCGAGAGCUAAUCCGUUGGUCGUUGCGGCGAAGCUUCAAAAGAUAUGAUCGGAGGUUUCUUACCGUUGACCGAUUUCGUAAUUUACCUGAGAAUGUUCUCUCGGUGGAUCUCAGCCCUUCAUUAUGUUUCAAUAUACUUUUUGUAUUAUCGACACGUGUCGCGCGAUUGAGGCUGAGAUGGUUUCGUCAUUGAACUUUUUAAUUAUUUUCCUUCCAAAAGUAAUUAAAGUUUUUAAAAUAAUAAAAAAAAUUGUGUGGCUUU